CGGACGCGUCCGGACGCCCCCGAGCCAUUCUAUAUCUAUUCUAGAUUUGAGCUGCGAUGUGCUGAUCUCCUCCGCCACCGUCGCUCAGCUCUGUUUGGUCCAGAGGGAGCAAGGGUGGCGUUCGUCCGGCAAUCUCACCGCCGCCACCGGCCACCGGCCACCGCCACGCCGACGAAUCGACCGAAGGACUGAGAGCCUGUUCGACGGAAUGCCUCACACAAGCAGGGCAGAGAAAUCGUCAAAGUCCUGCAACGAGGACAGUAUCAGCGCCCUGCCGGACGACGUCCUGCACCAUGUCCUUGGCUUCCUGCCGGCGGAUGAGGCAGUGCACACCAGCCUGCUCGCCAAGCGCUGGCGCUACCUUUGGAAAUCCAUGCGCCGCCUUCGCAUCAACGAAAUGAGGAGGUGGGGGACGAGCACCGGCGGCGUUUUCCUUACCAAGUUUGUGAGCUGCCUGCUCCUCCUCCGAGACCCUGGCUCGACUCUGGAUGAGGUCGAGAUCAAGUAUGAUCAUCUGGUUGAAAACGACCUUACUUGGAUAUCAACAUGGAUCCAUCAUGCUUUGUCAUGCCAAACUCAGGUCCUCACUGUCAAGUUCCCUUUGCCGGUGCACGGCCCCGCUAUUUGGAUGGCCCUCCUCUGGUCUCCCGAUUGCUGUGGUAAUGAUGGCCUCAAGGGUGGUUGCUUUAUUUUCAAAAGGGAUUUGAGAUGGUGCCCUACAUUUAGCAAGUUAAAGACAUUGUUGCUGAACGAGUGGUGUGUGCAACCUGACCUUCGUGCACUAGUUUGUAUGCUUGAACAUUCGCCGGUUCUUGAGAAUCUGACACUUCAAUUGUGUAAGCAAGAAAAACCUGCAUGUGUGGUGGAAGUGGAAGAAAAUCCUGGUUUGGUGGAGAAACCAGCGGCUAUUUCAGGAUACCUGAAGAUUAUUAAAGUGAAAUGUGAAGACGUUGAUGGCAGAGUUUGCAAAGUUCUGAACUUCUUGAGUACAUUUGGCAUUGAAAUUACUAUCCAAAGGACCAAUGGAUUGAUGGAGAAAGUGAUUCGGUUUCAAGAGUUGGGAGGAGCUUUUAGGCCACUGAUGGAGGUACCAGCCAACCAUUGAGUUUCCAGAGGCGGCGAGGCGAGGAACUUUGGGAUGUCAGAUGGACGUACCAUCCCGUGAGCAUUCAGGAAUGCAAGGCUUGAAAAACUCAUAGCUGUCUUUCUUUCGUGUGAACUCUUAUAAUUUGCAACUCGAAUCCAUUGAGAUGUCUAAACUGAUUACUCUGCUUGGUGUAAUAGAAUCGGGGAAAACGAACAUAAUCUUACUAUGCCUGGGCUAUUGCUAAUGCCCAGUUCAGGGGGAAAAAGGAGUAUAUGGCUUCGCCCGGG